AUGCAAAAUCUUCUCCGGCCCCAAUCCACACACGCAUCCUGCCAGGUGGGCCUGCUGGGCCCCGACGGCAAGGACCUCCCCCUGAGGCUCAAGGGCGGCAGCGGCGACCUGGGCACCACCACGGUGCUGCGCUGCGACAAGGCCACCAACACGUUCGUGUUCGAGGGCGUGGCCUCCGAGCCCGUGCCCAGCCUGCUGCGCGACUUCUCUGCGCCCGUCAAGAUGGUGGUGGAGGGCCAGAGUGACGAGCAGCUGGUGUUCCUCUUCGCCAACGACAGCGACGAGUUCAACAGGUGGGACGCGGGCCAGCGCCUGGCCACCAAGCUGAUCCUCGAGCUCUACGCAGCCGCGGCGCGCGCCAACGCCGACAGCGCGAGCGCCGCGUCGGUCGCGGCGGCCGCCGACGCUGCGGGCGGCGUGAGCCCGGCGCUGGUGGGGGCGUUCAGGGCGGUGCUCACGGCAACAGACAUCGACGGCAGCUACAAGGCCAUGGCUGUGACCCUGCCGAGUGUGUCGGAGAUCGUUGACGCCAUCCCCCAGGCAGACCCAGUGCUGGCUUACCAGGUCCGCCACUACGUGAACGCGCGCCUCGCGUCUGCCCUCCGCCCCGAGCUCGAGGCGCUCGUCGCGGCCAACGACGACGACCCCGCGGCGCCGUUUGUGUUUGACGCGUCCAGCGCGGCGCGGCGCGCGGCCAAGAACAAGGCGCUGGGGCUGCUGAGCUUCCUGGAGGACGAGGCUGUGACGGCGGACCUGCUGAAGCGGUGA